AUGAAGCAAGCCAACCACACCUUUCAGAAUUUCAUUACAACCCAACAACUCAUCAUGGCCAUUUUUAUCAGUUCUACUAAUGUACCUAUAGGUUAUAUUGUACCUAGUUUCCCUUCAUUGUUUUGGCCCAUCGGACCAAGUCGAAGUUCUUAUUUAAACUCAUUUUUAUACUAUUCAUGGGAUAUUUGGCGAUUCACGGUGUUCUGGUCUUUGCUAUUAUCGGGUAGUCUAUAUGGGAUAGUGGGGCUUAUGGCAGCAGCAAGUAGUUUUAUGAAUAAAUAUAGACACAAUUUGGAGUUUGGGGCAAGUGGUUUAGCAACAUGCAUCUUUAUCAUCAUUCUAUAUGUGUUUGCCGGUCUACUGAAAGGGUUCAUUGGUGGUGCGAUUAUAGGAAUAAUACUUGCUGCAAUAUAUCAAGCUGGUUCUUUGACUAUGAGCACAUGGAUACCGUUCACUUGGGCAGUAGCUCAAGUAUUGUAUGAUAUUAUUUCAUCCUACCUGACGAGUCUGACAAUUUUGUAG